AGCUCUGCUUGCCAGUCCCUGACGCGAUGAGGUAAUACGCAGCCGUGACGCGUCCAUUCUUCUCGGCGCUGCUGUCACUUAUCCUGGUAGUGACUGAGACGCUUCACCUACUGUAGUUCAUUGAGGAAACGUACGGUACACGCCAUCAAGAUGUCGACCCCAGACGCGAUGGCACCUGACGAAGCAGAAGCGUCCAACAGAUUCUCCUUCAUGGCUGCUGUCAGCAAGACCCCGAAGAAGCAGAUUCAGUUUGCGGAUGACAUGCAGGAGUUUACCAAGUUUCCAACAAAGACUGGACGCAGGUCUCUGUCGCGCUCAAUCUCUCAGUCGUCCACUGACAGCUAUAGUUCUGUUGCCUCCUACACAGACAGUUCAGAUGAUGAGAUGUCUCCUCGUGACAAGCAACAAACCACCUCAAAAGGCAGCAGUGACUUCUGUGUCAAGAACAUUAAGCAGGCUGAGUUUGGACGGAGAGAGAUUGAGAUUGCCGAACAAGAAAUGACAGCUCUCAUCUCUCUGAGAAAAAGGGCACAGGGGGAGAAACCACUAGCCGGAGCCAAGAUAGUUGGAUGCACGCACAUCACAGCACAGACCGGGGUUCUUAUUGAGACUUUGUGUGCACUGGGGGCCCAGUGUCGCUGGUCUGCUUGUAAUAUCUACUCGAGUCAAAAUGCAGUUGCUGCCGCUUUGGCAGAGUCCGGUGUUGCCGUUUUCGCAUGGAAAGGAGAAUCAGAAGAUGAUUUUUGGUGGUGUAUUGAUCGCUCUGUGAAUGGUGACAGUUGGCAGCCAAACAUGAUUCUGGAUGAUGGAGGAGAUUUGACUCAUUGGGUCUACAAGAAAUACCCAAAUGUUUAUAAAAAGAUCCGUGGUAUUGUGGAGGAGAGCGUGACUGGGGUGCAUCGCCUGUAUCAGUUGUCCAAGGCUGGUAAGCUUUGUGUUCCUGCCAUGAACGUGAAUGACUCUGUCACCAAACAGAAAUUUGACAAUCUAUACUGCUGUCGUGAAUCAAUACUGGAUGGACUGAAAAGAAGCACAGAUGUUAUGUUUGGUGGAAAGCAGAUUGUUGUGUGUGGAUAUGGAGAGGUUGGAAAAGGAUGUUGUGCGGCUCUAAAGGCUCUAGGUGCCAUUGUGCACGUCACAGAGAUUGACCCGAUCUGUGCUUUACAAGCAUGCAUGGAAGGGUUUCGUGUGGUGAAACUGAAUGAAGUUAUAAGACAAGUGGAUGUGGUCAUCACUUGUACAGGUAACAAAAAUGUGGUUAUGAGGGAGCAUCUUGACCGUAUGAAGAACGGUUGCAUUGUAUGUAACAUGGGACACUCUAAUACGGAGAUCGAUGUUACCAGCUUACGCACUCCAGAGCUCACAUGGGAACGUAUCAGAUCUCAAGUAGAUCAUGUCAUCUGGCCAGAUGGAAAGAGGAUAGUUCUGCUGGCUGAGGGCCGUCUGCUCAAUCUGAGUUGCUCAACCAUUCCAACAUUUGUACUUUCAAUAACUGCAACUACAGAGGCAUUAGCAUUAAUUGAACUGUACAACGCCCCUGAAGGCAGAUACAAGCAGGAUGUGUACCUGCUACCUAAGAAAAUGGAUGAGUAUGUCGCCAGCUUGCAUCUGCCUUCCUUUGAUGCCCAUUUAACUGAGUUAACUGAUGACCAAGCCAAAUAUCUUGGACUCAACAAGAAUGGACCAUUUAAACCGAACUACUACAGAUACUAAUACUUGAAAUUGGACAACUUGCCUGUGAAAUCCCAAGACAGCUUUAGAAGAAAACCACCAGCCCCAUUUGUCUGUGUGUUCCUAUAUUUCUAUCUUGUUAGUUUCCUGGAUACAUGUUUCCACUUCCAUACAGUAUAUGGGAAGAAACAUGAUUAAUUCACAAUGCAGAACUCCAGGAGUGUAAUCCUGAUAUUCCAAUGACAGUAUUUAAGCUUAAAGGGGACGUAUCACCUGAAUCUUACAAUAUAUUAAACCGGUAAAACACAGUUGUUAUUUAAAAAAAAAUCUGCAGAAUUAUGGUAGACUCCACUAUGCAUGCAGCUGCCUGCUCCUAUCACAUUAAAUAUAGUUGUUUCACUGUCAGAUCACACCACUUUAUAUACUUCCCUGGUGCCUAGUCUUCAUUAGUUUGCCAGACACCUUGAAAGUGGAAAAUUAGGGUUUAUAAAGGAACCAUUGUCGAAAUUGAAAUCACCAAAAACAGUCCGAGAAUGUUUUCCUUUUACUUUUGUUACUUUGCCUCGAAAAGGUCAGUUCUCUUAAAAAUAUAAUAAUCUUUUCAUGAUUCUGAACAAAAUAUAAUUAGUGUAUAAUUAUAAAGUAUAAUAGUGUUCCCUGAGGCUGCUUUGGUGGUAUGUAUUUCCGGCCUGCAUAUG